ACACCAUGUGGACUCCAUCGUAUGACAUCAUAGUCGAAACGUUGACCGGAUCCGAGUUCGAGGUGACGGUCAACGAUCGAGACACGGUUGGAUAUCUGAAGUCUGAAAUUCAAAAAUAUGAAGGCAUUCCGAUCAGCCAGCAGCAUUUGCUGUACAAUCACAAGGAACUUACCGACUCGAUGGAGAUGAAAGACAUCCCGCUGGUGAAGGGUUCGCGCAUCAAGCUAGUGCUCGGCAUGAAGGGAGGUCCAAUAUCCUCCAAGCGCCUCUUUACCAUUUCCUCCGACUAUGACAAUUGGCUUGAUAUGAGCGAUGUACUGUCCAGUGAGGAUCUAAUAAAUCUUCAGAGUCCCGGACUAAAGCUACUGCUCUAUAAAGACAACAAAAAGAACGUGCAUCGAUUGAUGAAAGUGCGAGCAGAAAAGGCUUGUGAUGGUAUGAAAGGAUCGAUGUCCCGCUCCGUUAUAGGAAGCGGUGCGUCUGGUCAAGGUUCGUACGGGCCCGGAAACAACAUUCUAAGCCAGAAGGAACGCGAUGCUGCAAUGACGAAACAGAAAAUGGAUCAAAUUAAGGCUAAGUUAAGCAUGAAAAAGAAAAGACUGGGCGGUGAUAAAGAGCAGCAGCAACAACAGGAACAAACAUCGACGGAACAGCAGCAGCGGCAGCAAAAGUUUGAGGAUCGGGCGGGAUGUAGUUCGAACGAGAUUGCCGAUGCCACCGAUGGUAGUAGUAGCAAGACAAUUCGCAAUUCAUCCCAGUACAGACACAAGAAACGACAUCACCAUUAUCACCACCAUCAGCAUCAUCAUCAUCAUCCGCACCAGCAUGAGACUGUUAUCAAAGAGGAAAAGACACCGAUUGGCUACCGGCCAGGGACGGUUGGUGGCAGUGGAGUAGGCCCAACACUUGUAGCCAGUGGACACAACGCCUCCAUGGUUGGUACGAUCGGAUCAAUGCUGCCGAGUGCUGCCGGAACAGCGAGCGGUCCACACCGCAAAUCUAUGCCUACUGUGAUUGAUAUUGGCCGGUCGGAGCAAGAGGAGGCUGUGCCACCUUUUAGCUAUGGGUUGGUAAAUCUCUUGCACGGUUCAACUGCUGCAACGACAGCCGGACGUUCACCAACACUGGAGCUUGAAAAACGUUCUCAAAUCCGGGAGCAUCUGCAACGAAACCGUUCCUUUAAAACGAUCAGUGCAAAGAAUUUGGACUUUGCACGCGAAGGCUCACCACAGGUAGGAGGCGCUGGUGCUGAUCGUCACACAGGAUCGGCCGGUCUCGAGCGAUCGCUUUCAUUCCAUUCGAACGGCAUACUGAGUCGGAUGGGUUCGGAAACGACACUUGACGGUGGUGGUUACAGCAACAUUCGGCGCUGUACCGCUGGAGGUGGUGGUGGUGGUAGUGGUGGUCAACUGCGUAAUAAUCACACCACUAGUCUAGGCACACGGCUCACCACGAAUGGAGGCGCCGGAGCUUGCACGACACAGUCGCUACACAAGCUAGACGAAAGUCGUGUAUCAUCCGCCUCGCUGCACGAUCUGAUCGAACUGCUUAAGUACACACAAUCGAAACAGCGCACCAUUUCAAACGAUUCGCUCAACAAGCUGAUGCUGAACUACUCGAAGAAGGUGUACGUGCCGCACCAUCUGUACCAUCAUUCGCCGGUAGGGAAAAAAUCACUCCCGGACAUUAAUCCUUCCCUAAACAACAUAGACGAGUAUCUGACGGACUAUGACUUUGGACUAAAAGCAGCGACAGCAGGUACAGGAGCGGGAACUAGUUCAACCACCGCAGCAACAGCAACUUCUGCGACAGCGGGCGCAAUACCGAAGAUGGCAACGAGAAGCGAAGAUUCGCUGGACUGCAAGAUCGCGUCGGCGGAGUAUGCGUUCAAGAAUGCGGGAACCGGUGCGGGAAUGGACAAAUCGUUUCGCACACUAUACAAAGCUACAUCCGAGGAUAGCAGCGUUUACGAGUUACCGAAGUUGCUUAUUCGCGAGGAUUCGCCGGUCGAAUCGUUCCUCGGGUCUUACUCACAGCUGGAAACGGUUGCAACGCGACGAGGCGAAUCACCGAAAAACAGUUUUACAUCCCCGGUCAAUCUGCAAGAUCUGGAGCGUAGUGAUACAGUUGUCGAACCAGAUGUGGCGCCACUCGCCGCAAACACAUCCGCAGCGAUCGUUGGUGAAGCGAAGUUGGCAUCUGAAUCUUUGUUGCAGUUUGCACAAAUAGCAGCCGAGAGCGUGAAAUCUACAAAGGCUGCAGCCAGCUCGUUGAGUUCAAGUUCACUGUUUGGAAGCAACUGUAGUUUAACUGCUGGCGGUGGUGGUGCUGGUAGUACUGCUGCGGUCGGUACUGAUGGUACGAGCUUCGCAGGGACGGCACUGAACGGAUGCGCUUCUUCUUCUACCUGGUGCCAACUAUGGAACCAUGGCCAGGAACAGCAGCAGCAGCAACCACACCACACACAGGACGGUAAUUUCGAUAGUUCGGGUAGUGGUGUUUCGCAUUUGAUUCACAAUCCUCGUCGGCAUCAUUCGGAUUUAGAUAUUAGUGAAUUGGAGUUGAAAUUUAUCAAUGCCGAAUCAACAGCAAACGGAUCUAAUCGACUCGCCGAAAGUGGCAUUGCAACGAACGUAACCGGUGACUACACGAACCUGAUCAAGCUGCCAGCAAUAACGAACCUAGAACAUUAUCGUGCCGAUAAUGGUUGGCUGCAGUUAUCCUCGUGGGACACUGUACGUUUCGGGCGGGAAGAUGAGGAUGCUGAUGACGAGGAGGUGGUGGAUGAGGAAGAGAUACCCGACCACGAGGAAGACGAUCACGACGAAGAGGAAGAGGACGAUGAAGAAGAAGACGAAGAGGAUGAUGAUGAGGAAGAAAAUGGGCAGGAUCGGGACCGAGUUACAUCGUCGUCCUGCUCUUCCAUACGUAGACCGCGAGAAUCGUCCAACUCGACUAGUUUCAUUCACAGUCACCUCUCCAUAUCGUCCGACGAGGACGAUCUGUUGAAUGUGGCAGAAAUGCGUGAUGGAGCUGGUGUGGUCGGUGGUGCCUACAAGCCCGGUGGUAACAAAUCUAAGUCGAUUGAUCUAAACGAAUUCCGCAAAGCUUUCGGUAGUAGUCCUACACUACUGAACGGAUUCCGUGGAGGGACAAGCUGUACCCGAUUGGUGCCACAGCUUUCCCGGCUCGAAACAAUUCCAUCCCAGUACAGACGUGGCUACACGAACCUAAACGAUGCGUGCCUGUCGAGUUCCACGUCCGAGCUAGAGUGUGUAAGUAAUGGUGCGUCAGCAAAGAAGAAGCAUCCCGGACUAUUACCUCCAGCGUCGAGCGAUGGUUCGGGUGGGCUUUCUUCGACGCUGUUAAAGUAUCGCAAAGACGGCAGUGUUCCUUACGUGCGAAGUAAUGAAAAUUUGAAUCGCUACAAGAUUUCGUUGUGUACCGGAACGUCAGCUAGUAGUAGUAGUAGUACGGCUGCACGGCGGCGUAUGGGCGACAGUGAUGAAGCACUAGCGGGAAGCGAUGCACUCUAUCUGAGGCAGCGUCAACCAUCGAUAGGUGCUGGUCGACAUUUGCCUAGCAUUCGCGAUCAUCUGGCCAGCAUUGCUGAUUCAGAAGCGAAUGACGCGGUGGACAAUUCGUCCUCUACUAAUGGUAACGGUGCAAAUACAAACGGGAAUCGGUCCUUCAUUGUUGGUGGAGGUGGAGGUGGUGAUUUUGAGUGCAGAUUCUCUCGAUUAAGCUGCUGUUCGGCCCCAAACAGUGGUGAUGUUCCGUCGAAACCAUUCACCUCUCCUGGUGGAGGUAAUCAAACAACGACGGCGACGGGGACCUCUUACCGUACCAAGGACCAUGGGUCAUCAGCAGUUGGAGGAGCCAGUGGCAGUGCCGGAGGACUGAUGCGUACCACAUCAACCGCUGACGAUCGGAAUCGGUUCCUGUUUGGUGAGGACCCGGCUUCUCUACAGUACAGUGGAAGCGCAUCAUCAACACCCCUCCGGCCUACAGAUUAUUACUUCCCUUCGGAUGAAAGCUUGUUCAAUAUGGAUUCGUUUUUUGAUGAUUUCGUUGAGAUUGACACAAGCGACAUAUUUGAAAGUACCGAGUUUAUCAAUAUCAAUGCUGGUUCCGGAGGAAGAAAGUGCGAUACUACCGCCGCUGCGAGUGCAUCGGCAACGACGCUAGUACUGCCCGAUAUACACCCCAAGCAGCAGCAACAACAGCAAUCAUCAUCGUCGGCCCAGCGUCACCAGCGUUCUCAGUACAAUGCGAACGAGAACGAGCAGCAGCACCAUCAGCAGCUGCGUGUGUUGAGAAAUUUAAAAUCGUUUCCCUCAACUUCAACGGCAACGGUGAAUCCGGACAGUAGCGGAGGUGGUGCCGAUGUGGAAAUUAAUUAUUCCGCCCGCCGAGCCUUCCUGCAAGCUGGCCGGAACGUACACGACACGGAAGAGGAUGAUGGUGGUAUUGCUUCCAUCAUUCAACAUAUCGAUCGGGACCAGUUGGUCACCGCCGAUACGACCGCGGAUGACGAUGAUACAUCUUCCAUCAUCUUCCACGACGACAGCAAGGAACGACUGCUACGUCUUACGGACUAUCACCACCACCCGUUGGGUGGUAAUGAUCUAAAGCCGGUUUGUGUUAGUACCACCGGAACAACUAAUGCAUCAACAACACCCACCCAACAUCACACUACCGAGCAGAUCAAAUCGAAGAAGCUGCGGUGCGCUCAGUGCAACAAAAAGCUGGGCGUUAUCAUGAUCAUGAAGUGUCACUGUGAGAAAAUCUUCUGCGCCCAACACCGUUACGCGGAAGCGCACAACUGUUCCUACGAUUUUAAGGUCGAGGGAAGGAAGGUGCUGGAGAAGAACAAUCCUCUCGUGGUGGCCGAUAAGUUACCGAAGAUUUAA